AGCUGCUGUGAGUCGCACGUCACUUAUCUCGGGCGGGGGAUGUGCCUUUUGCCCGACGCAGACUCAGCGCGGCCACUUUAUUGACGCGCUGCUCUGCGCUAGGCCUAGCAUGGCGCCCGAGGCAAGCAGGGCCGCAAGCUAGCGGGAACCGAGCGGGAGCGGGAGCGUGAGCGUGAGUGCGAGCCAUGCACAGCCAGAGGCGGAGGCGCGCCAUUGAUUGACUCGCCUGCCUGCCUGGCCCGCGCGCCCUGUAGCCUUCGCUUCCCUUCCUUUUCCUCCCCGAUCGCUCGAUUGCCUUCGCCCUCCGUCUUCUUCGCCCCUUCCCUUCCCUUUCCUUGUCGGGGAGCCCGGACUCUCGACGAUUCCGUCGACCUCUGGAGGAGGGAGGGGGGCCUCGCCACCUCCACCUGCGCCCGUGGCUGUUUCUCUGUUCUCGUCUGCCGUGCUCUGCUCUGCUCUUAGUCCGGCCGACGACUGUGGCUGUACUUUUUCCCCGAGACGGAAGACCAGUGCCAGUAUCGUCUCUGUGUCUGUGCUUGUGUGUGUGUGUGUGUGCAGCUGCUGCUCUGUUUCCACGGAUGCUUGGGAGGGAGGGAGCGAGCGAGCGAGGGAAUCACGCCUCGCUCCGAACGCUAGUGCUUAGUCGCGGUGGGUGACCGUGGGGCGGUCGGUCGGUCGGUCGUUGCACUUCUCUGUGGAGUGCUGUGCUGUGCAGUGCAGGGUCUCUGCUCUGCUCUGGCACUCCGUGGGCUGGCUCGGUGCGGGCUGGGUUGGGUAGAGGCGUCUGUCAUUACUCGAGGAUCUUGAUGCUCUAGAUUGCAACUACUCGGCGACGCCUCGUGUUUCGUUUUGUCUCCUCGUCUCUCCGAGAGCCCUCGUUCCUGCGCACGCAGCUCGCCCCUUUUUCUUCUCUCCUCGUCUCGUCUCUUCUCUUCUCGGGCGAUCAUUGACUUGCCUUUUGCCGGCGUACGUUUCCCGAGCGUUUGCCGUCUGCUUGAGGCUUUCAAUUUUCCCCUUGUAUGCUUUUUCUCCGAUCUGCUCGUGAGUGAUGGUGCCCGCGAAGCAGAGAUCUAGCUGCUUCCUCUGUCGAAGGGUAGAUUGGUAAGCGCGGCAUUCGCUGGUUCAAUUCGAUCUCCGCACUCCUGCGAAUGAACUCGUUGGAGAUGAUCUCCGGUGGAUUUGAGAUGCAGAAGCAGGAUUAAGCUGUGCGAUGCAUAAGAGAGAAGGAUUAAAUUGUACGAAUUUUGCCUAAACAACUCUCCCGACUAGAUUGAGACCCGCUGUGCAGAAUGCCCUUGCGUUGAGAAUCUUUUGACCAAUUCCACAAAAUCAGCCGCGCCAUCCAAAAUUGGGGAAUUUAUUUGGCUUCGACUGUUGCCUCCCUGUCUAUUCACCCGACGUCUUCUGAUUGAAUCCAAGGACUCAAGAUGUCCAAGAUGAAGUGGUUCAAAGGUCUUUUCGGGGCUUCCGAAGACCCUCAUCGGAGAUACGACGGUGGCAAUGACAACGAGCCGUAUCGCUUACCGAAUUUGUUCGAAGACCCCAAACGAAACGAUGAUUAUUACGGGAGUUCAUCCAGAGCGACCGAGGAACUAGACAGAGCAAUUGCGCUUUCUCUCACGGAAGAAGAGUUAAAGCACAAGUCAACAGAAGGAGAGAACUCCCAAACACAGUCCGAUGAGGAGCUAGCGAGAGCUUUGCAAGCAAGUCUGGAUUUGGACAACAGACCAAGAGAAGCUUUUGAUUUCUUCGGUCCAUUUUUUGACGGUCCAGCUUCUUCGGCCCCUCAAGAAACCCCACCGCAAAGGUCGCAGCCUAUGUGUGCAGGAUGUAAUCGGCCUUUGGGAACAGGACGGUUCCUCAGCUGCAUGGACGCUCAGUGGCACCCUCGCUGUUUUCGAUGCACAGCCUGUGACGAACCUAUUACUGAUCAUGAGUUCUCUGUCCAAGGAGAAGAACCUUAUCACAAGCGGUGUUACAAGGAGCUGUUCCAUCCGAAAUGUGAAGUGUGUCAUAAUUUUAUUCCAACAAAUCGUGCCGGCCUGAUAGAAUACAGAUCACAUCCCUUUUGGCAACUUAAGUACUGUCCUUCCCACGAAACGGACAGGACUCCACGCUGCGGUAGCUGUGAUCGUAUACAGCCUCGGGACCAGACCUACGUCGACUUAGAUGAUGGGCGCAAACUCUGUUUGGAAUGCCUGGACUCGGUAAUAAUGGAUACGAAGGAAUGCCAGCCCUUGUACUACAAUGUUUUAAAGUUUUACAAACACCUGGGCAUGAACAUUGAGCAGGAGAUUCCAAUGCUUUUGGUGGAAAGACAGGCCCUAAACGCUGCCAGAGAAGGCGAAAGAGAUGGACAUCGUCAUACUCCUGAAACAAGAGGCUUGUGUCUAUCUGAAGAGCAGAUUAUCACCUCUGUUUACAGAAAGCCAUCUAAAGUUAGAGGGUCCAAACCUUUUAUGGUGCGAACAGAAUCGCAGAAAUUGGUGCGACAUUGUGAAGUCACCGCGAUUCUUGUUCUCUACGGCCUUCCCCGGUUGCUCACGGGUUCAAUUCUCGCACAUGAGUUGAUGCAUGCAUGGUUGCGGCUGGAUGGACGUUUCCCGACCCUUGCAAGUGAGGUUGAAGAGGGCAUCUGUCAAGUCAUGGCGCAUAUGUGGCUGCUUUCUCAAACAGGCUUUUCUAGUUCUUCCACUUCAGAUGACCUGAAGAGGGGAAACCAGGUCGACCAGCUUCGACUUGGGGAGUUUUUUAGGCACCAGAUCGCACAUGAUCCAUCUCCAGUAUACGGAGGGGGUUUCAGGGCGGGCCAGAUUGCUGUUGGACGUUAUGGUCUUCCACAGACUCUUGAGCACAUGAAGAUGACCGGUACGUUUCCUCUCUGAAAGUGAUAUCAGCUGACAACAGGUGCUCCAGUGGCCUAUGCUGCAAGUGUCGACACCAUCGAGAAGUCUUGGCGUUGUACUAUAUUUGACACUUCAACGAGCACUUCACCGAGCUGUAUAUUCGCAUUUCUCGGGCACUUGGCGAACACUAUCUCUUGUAGUCAAAUGAUUCUACAAUUAUCAAAAUAAGCUUCAAAGUUUCCAAUUUUAAACACAAUGAAUCAAUCCAGAUAUUUCCAUCGGACUCCCGGACUGGUGGUCCCCUCAAAUUAAAAUCCGGGGAUCUCCUGGUCAGCCGCCCUAAGGUGAGCUGGCCACAUGAGUUUAAUUGUAACUGCCUAAUGUACAUACUUCUCAUAUGAAGCCCGACUUUCCCUCAACAGACGUUGAGGGACACGGGAAAGAUGUGAAAAUUAGUAUAGUAAUAAUAUACAAAAAUAUAUGUAUAUGUCGUCUCCAUCACUGAAGUCUGUAGUAGUAGGAAAAAGGGCAUCAUAGAAAUUAGUAUUUUCAAAUAACAUCUUGGUGGCCGGAAAUUGGUUCAGAGGUCCUUGCUGAAGAUUUGUAUGUGUGAAAAUCCCUGCAUUGUAGGUAGUAGAUAUCAGAAAGAUCCUCGGUUUUGUGAGGCCUCCUGGUUCACAUAUUUCCUGACGAACUGAAAUCGAAAUCGACAAAUCUUUUCAGCUGUUGAAACUGAAUGCGAAUGCUCUCUCUUGAUACAGUCGAAUACAUGGAUGUUACAGUAGUGAAGUGUCUUUUGGAAACUGUGUGUAGUUACCGACGGUUUUCAGUCAUGACCAACAAACUGUAGAUCAAAGUGUUUUUCAAAG